UACUUCUUCUAUCGAAGGCGCUUUCUCGUCACGCAGAGCGAGCAGAGACACACGGAGCUCACAAAUCAUCCGUCUUUACUGGACUCCAUCCAGCCAACAGAGCAAAGAACACAUCCGUCACCCAAAGCAGGACUUGUAUUUGUUUAUGCAAACAUAUAUUUUUUGAGCCUUCAAAUAUGCUGCUGUGUUCACACUGCGGAAGGAGACGAGGCCAGCCUUAGAAUAAACUCAUCUAGUUGAACUCCGGAGGAGGAAAGAAACCCUUGUGGUGGACUCCCUGAUCGUCUCUUUGCUGCUCUUCUUCGCUUGCUGAACGCUUGCUGAACACUUCCUGCCCGUCCCGAUGGAAGCCAGAGGAAAAUAUGAUUUCCCUGCAACAGGAGAAGACGAGCUCAGCUUCAGAAAGGGCGAUAUACUAAAGAUUUUAAGCCGACAAGACGACUGGUAUAAAGCAGAGAUGAACGGACUGCAAGGAUUCAUACCUCAGAACUACAUCGAGGAGCAAACUCCUGGGUGGUUUCAGGAGAACGCCAGUCGCAGCGCUGCAGAGGAAAUCCUCCGGUGCAAAGACGUGGGAGACUUUGUGAUCCGAGGAUGCCAGAGCUCCCCGGGAGACUUCUCCAUCUCUGUCAAGCACGAGAGUGACGUUCAGCACUUCAAAGUGAUGAAAGACAACAAAGGCCAUUACUUCCUGUGGUCGGAGAAGUUCACCUCCCUAAACAAGCUGGUGGAGUUCUACAAGUCCACCUCCAUCUCCAAAACCAGGGAGAUCUACCUCAACGACGGCAGCUCGGACAGUCGGAGCUCCUCCGUCGUCCAGUCGGUGAAGAGGGGAAGUUUGCCUGAACAGCGUAACACGCCUGCAGCCAUCGUUGUUUCAGGGCGCAGAUCUUCAGACCAGCCUCACAACCAGCUGGCUAAGAAAGUCGGUCUGGAGGAGCGAGCUCACACCAUCGGCCACACAGGAAGAAGUAGCCCCAUCCCAGCCGCUUAUCCUCCCCGUCGCACGUCUGAGACCAUGCCUCCCCCUCAGAGGGCGUCCACGCAGCAGGUGAAGGCGCUCUACGACUUCCACGCGGAGGAAGACGACGAACUCGGCUUCGGCGCCGGCGACAUCAUCGAGCUGUUGGAUCGCACGGACGCGUCGUGGUGGAAAGGGAGGCUGCGGGGGAAAAGCGGGCUGUUUCCUGCCAACUACACAAUGCAGCUGUGAG